AUGGGUAAUAACAUAUCAAGCACGACAGCAUCAAUAGCAACGGCAGGAAUUACCAGCUACGUCAGUGAAUUGGGCAAUAUUCAGUAUGGUGAAAGUCUAAGCAGUGCGCGGUUUAUGAAAACUAUUCGCGGUCGACAUAAAGAUGGCGCUGUUGUCGUAAAAAUAUUUAUUAAACCUGAACCGGAAAUAUCAUUAGCUAAUAUCGUAAGAGCGCUUGAAGAGGAGCGAGAGGCCCUUUUGGAAGUUCCCAAUGCCUUCCCGUACCAGCGAAUUAUUGAGACAGAAAAGGCUGGAUAUUUAAUACGGCAAUACUUUUUUAGUAGUUUGUAUGAUAGAAUAAGAAACGUCCAUCUUAUUCAAGCAACUGUUAUGAUAUUUGUCUGUAGUACUCGACCUUUUCUGAAUCUUACAGAGAAGAAAUGGAUAACUUAUCAAUUGUUAUGUGGAGUGCAUGAUGCGCAUAUGCAUGGAAUAUAUCACGGAGAUAUUAAAACCGAAAAUGUCUUGGUAACAUCUUGGAAUUGGGUUUACCUUGCUGAUUUUUCGGCAUCCAUUAAGCCAACUUAUUUACCGGAAGAUAAUCCUGCGGAUUUCUCCUUCUUCUUUGACAAUUCAUCGAGAAGAACGUGUUAUCUUGCUCCUGAAAGAUUUUAUAAACCGGGAAUUGGCAUAGACAAAAUUAAGUGUGAACCUGAAGUUGGCGGGAAAGAGGGCUCAAUUACUUCAGCUAUGGAUAUAUUCUCUCUUGGCUGCGUGAUAGCCGAGCUCUUUUUAGAAGGCACACCCAUAUUUUCUUUAUCACAACUAUUUAAAUAUCGUACUGGUGAAUAUGAUCCUGGGGUAUAUCUUGAUAAAAUAGAGGAUCCGGAUAUUAGAGCUAUGGUGAAACAUAUGAUAAACAUUGACCCAACUAAACGAUUUACUGCUGAGCAAUAUCUUCAGGAAUGGCGCGGCACUGCGUUUCCAAUAUAUUUUAGUACAUUUCUUCAUCAGUAUGUUGCUUCAGUUACUGAUCAUCAUAAUAGAUCUCACGACAUGGGAGUUGCUCUCCCAACAAACACUCCUCACACACGAGAAUCUGCUGAAGCACAAAGUACUAUUAUUAAUACUGAUGCGGAUGAUAAGAUUGAAAGGAUAUACAAUGAAUUUGAUAAGAUUGCAUUUUUCCUUGGAUUUUUCGAUGGCAAUGGAGCUGAAGAGGACGAUGGAAGUAUGGAGGAAGAUAUUAAAGGGAGGAAUGGGAAAGUUGGAGAGAGGUCGAAAAAAUUAGCACCUGAAUCAUCCGUGUUGUUAAAUAAUGCGAAUACUCUAUCAGUUCACCUCAAUAUUCCCAACUAUGACACAUCAUUAGUUUCAUCUCGUAAAAAAUCCAAAGAAAAAGCAGAUGAUGGUGCUCUUAUAUUCCUGUCAUUAAUAUGUGCCAAGAUAAGAAAUACUGCAUAUCCAUCAUCUAGGCUACACGCGUUGGAUAUGCUACUAGCUAUUGGACAGCAUUUAGAGGACGAAUUUAAAUUGGAUAGACUUCUUCCUUAUUUAAUUGCUCUUCUUGGGGACGAAGUUGGAUUAGUCAGAGCAAAUACUCUCAAGACAUUGACUAAUUUGGCAAGUAUUCCAGUAAUUGGCAACGCUAGAAUAUGCAUAUUGUUCGUGUCGUCUAAUCAGAAGCUUACAAUUUAUCCAUUUGAUUUUUGCCAACCACUAACUCGCUUUGUCAUUACAUCACCCGAUUCACAGCUAUUAAUGGUGGAGAAAAUAACGCCGCAUAAUGCCACAAUAUUUCCAGAAUAUAUUCUCCCAAACGUUGUAAAAUUUGCGUCGGACCCUGAGGUUAUCGUCAGAGUAACAUACGCUCAGUGCAUAGCGUCAAUUGCAGAAAGUGCUCUGAGAUUUUUGGAGAUGACACAGGCAUUUAAAUCAGAUGGAUCAUUAGCAAUAUCGAGUCGUACUACGGAUUAUGGCGCAUUUGAGGGAACGUAUGAGUCUAAUUUGCAUGAUCUGCAAUCCGUCAUCCAAGAGCAAGUCACAAUACUGCUUAUUGAUCCUGAGAGUGCUGUUAAGAGAGCUCUACUGGCAAAUAUAACCAGCCUAUGUAUAUUUUUUGGACGGCAAAAAGCGAACGACGUAUUAUUAAGCCACAUGAUAACAUAUUUGAACGAUAGAGAUUGGAUGUUAAGAUGUACAUUUUUUGAGAGUAUAAUUGGAGUAGGAACAUUUGUCGGUGGUCGUAGUUUGGAGGAGUAUAUUCUUCCGUUAAUGAUCCAAGCUCUCACCGAUGCCGAGGAGUUUGUUGUUGAGAAAGUAUUGAAUUCGCUCACAAGCCUGGCUGAAUUGGGUCUAUUUCAGAAGAUGAAAUUGUGGGAAUUAGUUGGAAUCAUAUCAUCAUUACUUUGUCACCCAAGUAUCUGGAUUAGAUAUGGGGCAAUCGCAUUUAUAUCAUCUGCUGCAAAGCUUCUACCUACCACUGAUGUAUGGUGCAUUGUAUACCCUAUAAUAAGGCCAUUUUUACAAGCUGAUAUCGCAGAAGUAACAGAAUUACGAUUAUUGGAAAACGUCAAGGAACCGCUUUCCAGGGCUGUGUUCGGAGCCGCUUUGACAUGGGCAAGCAAGGCAAACAAAUCGUUAUUUUGGAAACAAUCGAAAGAGCGUAAAGUUUCCAAGUCGAAUUUGUCCAACUCUGGCGGUAUACCAGCUAUAGCAAUGCUUGCUCGUCGUACUUCAACGCUCGCUAUUAACACUGAGCAAAUCGCAAAAUCCGAGGAUGCAAGGCCAAAAGCGCAGAACGAGGAUAUUGUAAAUAUUGAGCAAGACGGCUCAGUGAAACUAAAGAAUAUUGGAAUAACAAUUCAUAACGUUUUUUUGAGACCUGCAAAUUUGGAUAACACGACGAACGGAGCGACUGACAGAACUAUACCUGCAAGCCCAUACCGUAUACAAAGUGCCGCAAACAGUAAAACUUCACUUACGGAACCAACAGCGCAGUAUAAACCUGUUUCAUCAUCUUAUAAUCCGCGAGGCGGGAGUGACGUGACCGCUGCGAAUUUCAACAGUCGCACUCGUCGCAUCUCGAUGGGCCAAGUAGAAGGCAAAUCAAAUACAUCUGCACGAGAUAGUCACAAGAAUAAUUCCUCUGCUCUCAUGACUGCUCCUAUGCUGUCCACUGUACCACCUUCGCCGCCUGAAAGCAACAAGAACGGAACAGCCGCUAUUGAAAUCAAUAUUUCGAGAAAUAGCUCUACAAGCAGCCUGGCAAAGCAUAGGUCGUUAGUUGGUAAAGCGGCUGAGAGCCCUAAGGCAGCUCCUGCGACUAGUACUAGCAUGACUACCGCGGAGGGUACCAUGGAGAUUCCCGUUAUUAAAAAAGUAGAGCAUGAGGCGAACACUGUAAAUAAUGCGAACAUUGGCGGUGUUGAUGUUCUACCUAGGAGGAAUCUUGGUACUCUUGUGUCGAGUACUUAUGAGGGAAAGGAUAGAAACGUAAAAAAUUUAUUGGAUAGCAGAUAUUUGAAGACAUUUCCCAACCCCAUGCCAGAGUUUGGCCCUAGGAUUACAAAAUCUCCCACCAAUCGUCAAGGACGUACCAAUAUAUCAAAGACUAUUACCGACUUUCGCCCAGAAGGUACCCUGAUAGCUCAUCUAACAGAACACAAAGCAGCCGUAAACAAGAUUUGUGUAUCACCUGAUCAUAAAUUCUUUGCAUCGUGUUCCGACGACGGAACUGUUCGCAUAUGGGACUGUGCUCGAUUAGAGAAGAACGUGACAAAUAGGUCAAGGGCGACUUAUGUUCUCGGUGGAAAGGUUAAAUGCAUGACAUUCAUUGAUAGUACUCAUAGCAUCGCUUGUGCGUCUGAUAAUGGGAAUGUCCACGUAUUCCGUGUUGAAUAUACCCCGGGCAAUAAUUCUGCCAAGUAUGGAAAACUUCAGACAGUGCGAGAGAAGUAUCUCAAAGAUGAAUAUGCAAUUUCUAUGGAGCAUUAUAACAUAGGCACAGAGUCGAUUUUAAUGUACGCUACCACAAAGGGUACUAUAUACGGCCUGGACCUACGCUCGAUGCAACUGUCCUGGUCAGUCGAAAAUCCGCGCAGUCAUGGUAUUAUUACGGCCAUGGUCACCGACCGCGCUCACAACUGGCUACUUGUUGGUACAUCUCGUGGUAUUCUCACCCUCUGGGAUCUACGUUUUCGUAUUCCGCUUCGAUCAUGGGUGCAUCCGACCAAGAGUAGAAUAAGCAGAUUGUUACUGUGUGUUCAUAGUAAGGAACCGCGUGUGAUUAUUGCUGCCGGUAAACAUGAAGUGUCCUUGUGGGACAUUGAGAAAGUAGAAUGUAGACAAAUGUUUGCAGUCAGAAGUGGAGAUGAGAAGAUGGGCGGCGUGAGUUUGGACACCUUUAAGCCUGUAGAUCCACCUGGACCAGGCGAUAUAUUAAUGAGUGCCUUUACUGCGCAAGAGGGCAGCUACGCAGUUGACAAUUCAAUCAGAGCCGUUAUAUAUAUGCCUGAAGCUGGAUGCUCGUACAUGUUAACAGCAGGAUCUGAUCGUAAAAUUCGUUUCUGGGACAUUGCAGCAACCGAAAAUUCUUAUAUUGUCACCGGACAAGACGCAGAUGAAGCCAAGCCUACAUACAGUACUAAACCGGUUAAUGGAUUAAUUGUACACUAUGAAUCCUAUCCUCAUCACUCACGAUCAAUUGGCUCUUCUGCAAAUUCGGCCGCUGGCAGGGAUGGAGGUUCAUCAAAUAAUAGACGAUCGUCUUCUAAAAGUAGUGCCAAUGCGCGCAAUAGUAUCAUAAUACUCCAGCAGCAAAGUUUAUUAAGAAACCAUUUAGACUGUAUUGCCGAUAUUGCUAUCACAGAGAUACCGUAUCCAAUGCUGAUUAGUGGAGAUCGGGAGGGAAUCAUAAAAGUAUUUGCGUGA